ACGAAAACGUCAAGAGCUCUGCUGAGUCAUACUCCCGGCUCCCCGUCAAGUUAUGGCCUCAUUUCUUUACCCGAACUUCGACAUCCUCCGUUCACCAACUCAACCACCCCACACGAAACCAACCUUCGAAGCCUCCCAGAACUCUCAUUAACCGACAUCAAAAUGCCUCUCGUCAACGCCAAGAACCCCGUUCCCCAGAACCAGCGAUUCUACCAGAACGCUUACAAGAACCACACCCGUCUUUGGAAGAUUGGCCCUCGCAGCCGCAUCCUCAUGACUCCCUACCUCAUCCUUCUCUGGGGUACCCUCGGUGGUAAGUAAAUCGGAAUUUUCUGUCGGAUGGAGGUGAUUUGGGCCUGCAUACUGAUAGUUACAGCUUCCUUCUACGGUGCCGGUCGCAAGGUCCUUGGCUACAACUCUUACUUCGGAAACUAAGCGGUGGGAUUCGCGCGGUGGGUGAUACAGCUUGCCUACGACGGAAGGUCAAUGUGAUUGGUAGAUUGAGUCAAUAGACGGAGAUGAACCCAAUGUGAGAUCGUUACAGUCGUUCAUGUGCAUUUUGGAGACCGAUACCUGUUGUCAAAUCGUGUCCUCUAUUCACACGUCAUUGCUAUUAAACCCGGACUCCCAAAACUUUAGAAUACAUGAAGAACUCAAGAAGUUGCAUGCCUCAAAAAGCAACGUCUAGCGCGCACUGCAGCAGACCUGCAACUCUCCAUCCACGGAUAGUUGAAUAAAAAUCCAAUCAGCCUUGUUCUAAUAGCCUGUGGCGCCAGGCGCCUUUUCGUCCUUUCGUAGGCUGACUA